CGCGGGAAGUCUCGCGAGAGCGGGGCGGGGCGGGCCUCGGGCCGUCCGCCAUGGCCGGCGAGCAGCGGAGGGCGGGCUGGCUCCGCGGGGCCGAGGCGCGCACCAGCCUGGCCGCCUUCCUGCUGGGCGGCUCCGUGGUGGCCGCCGUGCCGCUCCUGCUCCGGGCCGGCUUCCAAGGCCGAGCAGCGCUGGCCCUCCACGUCGCCGGCGCCAACGCGACGCUCCUAUUGGCCUGGGGCCGAGCGCCGGGCGGGAUGUACCAGAUAGCAAUCCGGGCCUGUUUCCUGGGCUUUGCAUUCGGCUGCGGCUUGCUGCUCAGCUUCAGACAGUCUUCAUGGAAACAUUUUGGCUGGUACAUGUGUUCGUUGUCUCUAUUCCAUUAUUCAGAAUAUUUGGUCACGGCAGUCAACAACCCCCGAAGCCUCUCUCUGGAUUCCUUCCUGCUCAACCACAGUUUCGAAUAUAACGUGGCUGCUCUUUCCUCGUGGAUCGAGUUCACCGUGGAAAAAUUCAUUUUCCCAGAAAUGAAGCAGGUGGCUUGGCUCAGCUCCGCCGGGCUGCUAAUGGUCGUGUUGGGCGACUUCUUACGCAAAGCGGCCAUGCUGACCGCUGGCUCGAAUUUCAACCACAUCGUCCAGAACGAGAAAGCGGAGUCGCACCGGCUGGUGACACGGGGUGUGUACGGCUGGUGUCGGCACCCUUCAUACGUCGGGUGGUUCUCCUGGAGCAUCGGAACUCAGGUACUUCUCUGCAACCCCGUCUGCCUGAUCGGCUACACCCUGGUUUCCUGGCGUUUUUUCCGCGACCGGGUAGAAGAGGAAGAACGGGCCCUGAUCCACUUUUUCGGAGAAGAAUAUUUAGCCUAUAAGGAGAAGGUGCCCUCCGGACUCCCGUUUAUCCAUGGCUUCAAAAUCGAACUUUGAGACACGAGACAUCCCGUAACGCUGGCAUGGGGUGGGGGGGCCUACAUCCUGCCUCGGUUUUCGCUAAGCCUGGGGAAAAUCCUCUGAGCACGUGCAGAGGGCUCAAAAAAGUCUAGAGCAGGGGUCUCCAACCUUGGCAACUUUAAGACUUGUGGAUUUCAACUCCCAGAAUUCCUCAGCCAGCUUUGCUUACUCUCUUGCAAUCCCUUCCUCUGGAAUCUCUCCACUUUGGAAGGUAAGAGAAAAAGAAACACACACACAUCUGGCUGAGGAAUUCUGGGAGUUGAAGUCCACAAGUCUUAAAGUUGCCAAGGUUGGAGACCCCCUGCUCUAGUGAUUCCUUUUAAAAAAAAACAACUUUGUUGGAGGAUUUACGGGGCUGCCUAGAGUUCUCCUGACCGAGCCAUAAGUAUUUUUUUUCUUUUUUUAAAAAAAAAGAAAAUUUGCUAUUCGUCACUUACAUCUCGCCCCGAGUUCAAAUCCCAGCUUAGAUCAAAAGAUUACUGAGGAAAAAAAAUUCCUGCAGAUUAUAUUUCCCUCCCCCCACAAAAAAAAUCAUGAAAAUCUCAAAUCUUUUCCCCUUUGCCCUUCUUACGGCCGUUUGACACUGUUUGAAACCUGAUCUUAAAAUCUUUUGUAAAAAAUAUAUAUAUAAAUUAGUUUUUAUAUAAGUUGUGAAAUUCGCAUCCGGCCGUUUGAAGCCUGAUCUUAAAACUCUUUUGGGAAAAUUAUUAAUUUUAUAAGUUAUAAAAUUUGCAUCCAGCUGA